CGCAGAAUCUCAUUGGCGGGGUCCAGGCAAGCAUAGCAAAAAUGCCAACGCUAGUCACUUAAGCGAGCAGCGAACCUCGAAACAGCCGAAAGAUCAUUCGAUACCAAUCGAUGCCAAUAUCCGAGGCUUCCAGGAUCAGUCAACACCAACGCACACGGCGACUUGGCCUUGACUUGCACCCAAUUCAAUUGCGAAACCAAAGCUCUCUUUCCGGGCCAGCCCAUUGUUGUCGAGCCUCCCCGCUCCGCCAAUUGCCCGCCUCACCCCCCGGACACGGGAUAUAUUUUUCCUUCUUGCUCGUUCUCAAGUGCGAAAAUGUCGGCGUCCCUGCUCCGUGUUGCCGCUCGCGGCCCCUCCAGCGUCCUUCGCGCCAAUAUCGUCGCUGCCCGGCCGCAGCCCGUGGCCGCGCGCGCCGGCCUCGCUGCCUCGACCAACAGCUUCAGCACAUCGGCCCGCCUGCGCUCCGCGCACCAGGAGGAGACCUUUGAGGAGUUCACCGCCCGCUACGAGAAGGAGUUUGACGGUGUCCAGGACGUUUUCGAGCUCCAGCGCAACUUGAACAACGCCUUCGCCUACGAUCUCGUCCCCGCUCCCUCCGUCAUCGCCGCCGCUCUCAGGGCUGCCCGGAGGGUCAACGACUUCCCGACCGCCGUCCGCAUUUUUGAGGGCAUCAAGGCUAAGGUCGAGAACAAGAGCCAGUACGAGCAGUACCUGGAGGAGCUCAAGCCCCUGCGUGAGGAGCUCAGCAUUCCGCUCAAGGAGGACCUGUACCCGGAGGAGGCCAACUAAAUCGAACCUCUUGGUUGCAUCCCCCCGAGAAACCAGCACGGCCUUGUCUUCACAAUGCCUUGGGUGAUAUCAUAGCAACAGCUCCCCUGGUCCAUUGGGUUGUCGAGGGUGCCGCAAAUCAAUCUGUAUGUGUCCUGACCUAGAUUCUGUUUACCAUGUCA